CUUCAACAAACCAAAGGCGUUACUUUCCGCCAUCUCUGGAAAAUCCUGUUCAUGGUUCAACCCCAACCUUGCCCGACAAGACACAAUUACAAUAGAAAAACGUUUCCCAGAUCAAAGCUACAGCAAUUGGGAAAUUUGAUUCUUUUUUGUUUUUCAGAAUCUCAUUUGCAGAGGGAAUUUGGAGGGAAAGGACGAGGAAAGAAAUGCCACUCCCUCCAUCAUCAUCAACAUUUCUUCUCGCAAUCGACGAAGCCCUGACCCUACUCCCUGGCCUCCCAAACGACGUCGCAGCCCACAUCCUUUCCUUCCUUCCAUACUCCCACUACUGCCGCCUUAAGCCCACCUGCAAGUCCUGGUACAUCUUCCUCUCAUCACAAACACUCCUCUACCUCCGCCGCCACUGCCUCUCUCACCUCCUCUGCAUCUUCCCCGAAGAUCCUCACAUCUCCUCCCCCUUCCUCUUCGACCCCGAAAACCUGGCGUGGCGCCCACUCCCUCCCAUGCCUUGUAACCCUCACGAGUACGGACUCUGCAAUUUCACUUCCAUCUCCCUCGGACCCCACAUCUACGUCCUCGGUGGGUCCCUCUUCGACACGCGAUCCUUCCCUCUUGACCGUCCUUCUCCGUCUUCCUCGGCUUUCCGUUAUAAUUUCCUAACUUCCUCCUGGGACCGUCUCGCCCCCAUGCUUUCCCCACGUGGGAGCUUCGCGUGUGCUGCGAUUCCCAGGUCCGAUCAAAUCAUCGUCGCUGGCGGUGGGUCCCGGCACACCAUGUUUAGGGCUGCAGGGAGUAGGAUAUGUUCGGUGGAGAGGUACGACGUGGAAAGAGAUGAGUGGGAAGCAUUGGAUGGGUUGCCCAGGUUCCGAGCCGGUUGCGUGGGGUUUACUGUUAGUGGAGAUGGGAAAGAGAAGGAAUUUUGGGUGAUGGGAGGGUACGGGGAGUCGAGGACUUUGUCGGGAGUGUUUCCGGUGGACGAGUAUUACAAGGAUGCUGUGGUGAUGGAGUUGAAGGAAAAUGGUGGUGGGAAGUGGACGGAAAUUGGGGAUAUGUGGGAGGAAGGGGAGAGGCCUAGGCUUGGGAAAAUCGUUGUCGUGGAGGAUGAGGAAGGGGGUAGGCCUGCUAUUUUCAUGCUUGAUGAUAAUGAUAUCCUCAGAUACAACAUGGCUUUAAAUUGUUGGCAAAAGGAGUCCAGUGUACCAAGGAGAGCUCCUUACAAGAGCUCAUUUGGUUUUGUUGUUCUGAACGGGGAGUUACAUGUAAUGACUAUUGUAAAUGGAAUUGAUUCAACAGAUACUCGACGGUCAAGGCAGCAGAAGAGGGCAGGGACAUUGUUUAUCCAGAUUUAUCAUCCUAGGAAGAAGACCUGGAGAUCCCUUGUCACAAAGCCACCAUUCCAACAACCAUUGGAUUUCAGUUCCACAGUUAUGUGCACAAUUCGAUUGUAGAUUUAAGAUCUCCUGCAUAGUGCAGUUAAUUCUACGUAAAUAGUCUGCCCAUUCAUAUAUGAUGUCUGUUGAUAAUUAUGGGUUUUCUCUAUUUGUAUUGUACAGAUUGAUAAGAUAUUGGUUCUGUCCUGUAUGACUUUAAGUAUCAAAUUAAUCUAAAUACAUGUAAAUGCACCUAUGUCUUCAGAUGCCA